AUGGAACCGUCGAGUGCGGAUAUAAAUACCAAUGUAAAUGCUACCGAUGUGGUCGCGGCUAGUACUCACAUGACAAAUGCAUCUCAGACCGAGAUCAGAGUCGAAUAUUUAAAGCACAAAUGGACGGUAAAGAACUUUUCGCAUUGUUAUCAGGAAUACUUGGAGAACUUUGUGCAUUUGCAAAGGAAUAACGACGAAACAUUGACAUGGUCCAUCAAGAUUUACCCGAAGGGUAAUGGCGAAAACAACAAGGAUUUUGUUUUCUUGUGUUUGAACAGGGUAAAUGGAUGCAGUAAAAAUAAAGCCGGCUUCAGGUAGGAGUUGAUGGUCUUAUAUCCAACUUUUAGGUCACGGUUCUUCUUGAAGAACAGCGAAGGAAAGGACAUCGAAAUGCGGAUUCAUCCCAAUCCGUCCCAUUCUGAUUAUGUUUCUUACAUAAAGCGAGACGUACUGUUUCCCCAGAUCUCGCCAGCCGACAGUAUCACCGUUUUCGUCGAGAUCGAUGUUGCUGUGGAGACAAUCACAACGUAUACUGAAGACCAACUGGCUUCGAAAGCGGUGAGUAAAUUGCCGAUCGACAAUCAGGACCUAAAGUUACAGGUUUGUGAAUGUGAACGGACGUUGGGGGAAGAUUAUCUAAAACUUCUGAGCGACGAUCUACAUACCGACUUCCUGAUCCGGGUUGACGGCCAAGAUAUCUCUGUACAUAAAGCAGUUUUGGCUGCGAGGUCCCCAGUCUUUGCUGCCAUGCUACAACAUCGCGAUACGAACGAAGCACAGACUGUAAGGCGUAAAUAUAUAAUUUGUAUUUUCUUCAGGGGGUUUUAUGCAUAGAAGACGUCGAAUAUAAUGUCAUGAAAGAAAUGCUGCACUUUAUUUAUAGUGGAAGGUGCACAUCCGACGUGAAUGAAAUGGCAUCUGAUUUGUUAAUUGCCGCGGAUAAAUACAGGUAGUCAUUUUCUUGAAUAAUUUUGAUGUUUUUUUCAGACUUGAUGAACUAAAGAAUCACUGUGAGCGAAUCUUAAUCCAAGUUCUGUCUCAAGAUAACUGUUGUCAACUUCUCAUCAUAUCGGAUAUGUAUCAUGCCAACGCUUUGAGGAGAAAGUCGAUUCAGUUUGUACUGAAGCACCCCGUAGACAUAACUUCUACAGCCGGAUGGGAAGCCGUCUUGAAGGAUCACCCGCAUCUAGUCACGGACAUAGUCAGGAGUUUUGAUCGGACCACGGACAGCGAGUCGUGCACAGUUCUGUCAGGCUUGUUGCCCGGUCACUGA